UGUGUAAAUACUGGUUGUUGAUUGGUUCGAAUAAAUUUAUGUUUGAAAAUUGUGGCGCCGACGUUUUCUUAGCAUUCCUUGUUAGUUGACCAAGAUAGUCUUAGGCCAGUCGCCACCCUAGUGCUCUUUUAGCACACCGAAUUGGCGUUAAAAACCACGAAUGUACAUUUACACGUCAUCUGCGAUAAUAACUAUUUGUAACGUUUAUUUAUUUACCCUAUAACAAACAAAAAAAAACCCCACAAAACGCCUGUGCCUCUUAGUUUGUAGAAAAAAAAAUAAGGUUGAAUGAGUUUUUUUUAAAAUUAUUUAAUCACGCCUACAGCUAUUUACUAAACACUUCUUUGUGGUUGAGAUAAUCGGUAUUAAACCCUCUUGGAGAGAUUUAGAGACACGAGGACAGCGUUAACUAGAAAUUUCUGUUGAUAUUUACCAGAAAGUCUAGUUUUGAGUAGUUCUUGCUUGUUAUAAUCGUAAAUAUAUCGAAUUUCAGCUAAGCACCAUCGUUUAAACUCUUGAAAUGUCUAGUUUUGGAAGAUCGUUACAAAUAAUGGCUUUAGAUUGUAAUUCGUCGAUAACUAAAGGCGAAAACAAUGGAAACUUGCAUUCCCCUGUUACAAAUCUGGCGAUGAACCUAAGUGAACUUCGAACUGACAGGUCAACUCCCAAAAGACGUUUAUCGCUAAAUACCGUGGAUAGUGGGCCAAUAUUAUCAGAUUGUUUUAAAGACUCUCCGACUCCGUUUUAUUCACCUUCCGAGGAAUAUAGAACCAAACCACAGAAUCCUUCCUUUUUAAAACAGAGUUCUCUUACAAAUAGUGAAGCACCUCCAUUAUUUGAUGUGAAAAACUUUGAAUACGUGGAUAGUCCUUUGGAGACUGAACAAGAUGAUAGCAAUUCAAGAGACAGUGGCUUGGGUUAUGAAAAAGAAAGGGAGGACCAGUUUCAGUUUGUGCCACCCUUGGGAAUGCCACCACGUAAAGUGAAAAUGUUUGAGGACAGUUUGGACUUCGAGAUCAAUCGAAAAUUUCAUCGCUCUCUCUCAGCUCCUUUGAUAAAGAAAGAGGAUAUUGAAUUUUUGCAACGAGAUAACAGCCCCAAAAAAACAGAGAAUGAAAGAGAUGAUGGUUUCUCUGAUCAUUUGGAAACAAUGGACACAGCAGCAGAGACAGUAUCAGACAGCAUUAAAAGCCUCAUUGAAGCACCAUUAUCUUCACAAGCUUUGGAGAAUGCUGAAAACACAAACAGCUACAGAUUUGGAAGUUCCUUAGAUGACACACCAACUACUAUGCGUGUUGCAAAAUCCAUAUUCCGCACACAAUCCUUCGACGUGAGAAGACGUUCCAUAAACAAGCGUGAUCGAAUAAAAGAUGAGAAUACACCUGUCUAUCAAAAACGGCGGAGACCGACAAAUGGAAAGAUAUCCCCAAUUUUAAAACGUUCUCACUCAGAGACAGAGGCUCAGAUCAAGGCAGCUGUUCAGAGAAUAUCACAUAAUCCAUCUUUAAUUGGCGAUGCAUCAAAGACAUACUGCUUACCAACAAUAACUGGAAAACAUGGAUAUCUGAAGUCAGUUACUCCUCAAACUGUAAAAGAAUUAUUACACGGGCACUAUGAUUAUGAAAUAAAUUCUUACUCCAUAAUAGAUUGUCGCUAUCCGUAUGAAUUUGAAGGUGGACAUAUUAAGAAAGCAGAAAAUCUUUAUGAUGAAAACAGCAUUUAUAAGAAAUUUUUAGAAAAUCCCCCAAAAAUUAGUGAUUCAGCAAAAAGAGAUAUUGUUGUAUUCCAUUGCGAAUUUUCUUCUGAAAGAGCACCAAAGUUAGCAAAAUUCCUAAGAAGCAGAGACCGAAAUGCAAAUGAAAGCUGUUAUCCAUUUCUGUAUUACCCCGAAAUUUAUAUUCUUGAUGGUGGUUACAAAGCUUUCUUCGAGAAAUGUGUGGAAUUUUGUGAACCUCCAACCUACAAGCCAAUGCUACACAGUGAUCAUUCCAGUGAUUUGAAACACUUCCGAGGAAAAUCUAGGUCAUGGGCUGGAGAAAGAACUCAUCGAAGUGGUUUACGGCAGUUAAACUUUUAGAUAUUACAGAUUCACUAAAAUAUUCAUUUUUGUGUGUGUUUGAGUGUUUGCUGAAAGAUAUAAAACGACUUAUUGGAAAAAGUAUUACUGCGUCAUUAUUACAUAAGUGCUGUGUGGAAUGUUAGUAUUGCAUUAGCGAAGAAUCAAAAGAAAUCAUCUAUUUGGAAAUUCAAUUAUGUUCUUCAUUGAAUUGUAAAAAUUUUUUGUUUCUUUCAUUUUAUCAUGUUGUCUGUUAGAAAUGAAAAUUUUACUAUCAAUGUAUGAUCUUAUAUUUAGUUAAAUACAUGUUUGAUAGACUCACCAUCUAUUUAACUAUUAGAGCUUCAUAUAUUCUUUAACUUAAUAAAAACCAAAUCUAUGUCAGGUGGCAAAAGAAUAUAACCUUCAGUAGAACCUCUCUCUCUCUUUCUGUGGGUUGGCUGGAAUCUAAUUAUUUUGUGAUGUGAAUCAAUGUUGAAGAUGUAUGGCUUUUUCUUACAAUUCUGGAAUCACAUUAUUUAUUUUCAGAACAAAUGUGGUUUUUCUCUGAAUAUUUCUUGGAUAUUUUUCUAGUGUGUCUUUACAAAGUUUUCAUCAAACAAAUGAAAAGAACCAUAAUUUUUUUAAAUUCAAACUUUUCACACCAUUAUCAUUCAUCUUUAUAUAUAUAUUUUUAAUGUAAAUAAUUUUUUAGCAAAAGCUAUUUAUCAAUGAAAUCAAUUAGAGCUUUUCUAGUAAAAUUUUCAUGUUUCUUUAGUUCAUGAAAGUUAUAUCUAAAAACAAAUUGUUGCCACAACUUGGACAAUUGAAGCCUUUCAAAUGAGAUGAGAUUUUAGUUGCAAUUUAAUUUCUAAUUUUCAAAGUUAAAUUAGAUUAAUGAAUUCUUGCUGAAAUAUCUGUAAGUUAUUGAAAGAUGAAAUUUAAUCACUCAAGAAAAGAAAACAAUUUUUAUAACCAAUCCACUUGAUUAUCUUGGAAUCUUUUAAGCUAUCUAUAAAUUUAACCUGUGAGUAAUUUAGUCUCAUUUCCAGAUUCGUUUUUCUUUAAAAGAAUAUAACAAGAGUCAUUAAGUCUUGCUCAACUUUUAAUUUCGGUAAAUGUGCCCAUAUUAUUAUAAAAUUAAACUUCCCAGAGUAUUAUUAGUUAUAAAAAGAUGCAAAUAUUUUCCUGUUUUAAAUGCUUACUUUAUUAUAGUUCAAGAGUGAAUAAUUUUUAGGGAUGUUAAAUAAGAAAUUUCAACUCCACAAAAUAAAAAUUAUUUUUGAUAAAAUUUAAACAUUUUGAUAUUUGCCAGGAUUUUCUGUAAUAUUGUGAAAUUAUCUUGAUAUUACUGUUUAGGAUAUUUAGAAGCUGUGUUACACAUAAAGUAGCCAUCAUGUAAAGAAAUUUUCGAAUAAAUUUUUAAAAAACCAGCUAACCUCACAUCACCUUCAAGUAAUUUGUAAAUCCUUCAACAUGUAAUUUUGUUACAAAGUAUUAUGAAUUUCUUUUCAGAAUCAUUUCCUUUUAUUAAUUUAUGAAGUGUAAGGAAGUGGUGUACAUAAAUUGUGUAUAUAUUAACAUAUUUGAACUAAAUAAAAACAUUAUCUGCAUAGCCACUGACAGAUACCUUCAUUCAUGUUGAACUUUGAGUAAAUAAGAGUUGAGUUUGUUUUUUUUUUCUUGGAUAUAAUCAACAUGAAUUAGUGAUGUUUUAACCAGUAAGCCACCUCUCUGGCCAGCUGUGACUAUUGUGCUAUAAAAUUAUUUAUCCAAUGUCUAACAUUUCUUAACUGCACUUUGGGUAUCAUGGAGGGUCAACUGUUAUUGACUUUUCCUUUGAAAUCUAAGUACUCUAACCCACAGCAACUUGGUUAAACUGAAGCAAAUGAGAAUGCAUCUGAGUAUUCAGCCACCACUACUUAAAAAAAAACAACACACACACACACAUUUCAUAUAAAAUUGCAUGGAAUUUGAAAUCACAGCGAGACAAGUUCAGUAACUUAUCUAUUUGAUCAUUUCAUCUCUUUCAUUGUGUUAUAGUGGAAAACAAAAUAAUUGUUCUUAAUUGAUAUUUGAGGUGUUUUCUUGUUAUUCCAAUUCAGCAAAAUAUGUUCAAUUAAUGAAAAACAUUAAAAUUUGUAAUAUUUACUUAUAGCAAUUAUUGUUAUAAGUUAAUGUGGCAAAUAAACUACACUUGUUUUGUCUUUGUCUGCCUGUCUCUGUCCCUGGACAUUUAAGAAAGAAAACUGGUUUUUCUUAUCUCACAAAUUGUUGGAAUUCCGUAAUAAAUAUGUGCUCAAA